GCUUCCGCUCCAUCAUUUUACUGUUUGACAGCUACACACCACGUUUGUCAUGACAUUCACACUUCAGCUGCACAUAUUCCGGGAAGACGCGCUCCCGAAGAACAAAACACACACACACCCUUUGUCAAUGCGGCUCUUUGCCGCUGGAAAUUGAUCAGUAGAAGUACUGCUGUAGCCUAUCAUUAGCCAACGGUGACAUUCACUAAGCUGCGCGCUCAGACUGGCAGGUUGCUGCACUAGCACUAUGGAGGACAAUCCCAAGGAUGAUAGCGCCACGAAGGGACAGGAAUCGAUUUCCUACCAACGUAGGAUGUGGAAGAAUUUCCAAGACAAAACCAAACCGUUUUUGAGCCCCAAAUUGGGCUCUGGGCGUCGCAGUCCUGACAGUAAAAAGGAGACCGGGUUAUGGAUGUUUAAAAGGAAAAAGAAAGAGCUAGACCGUUUCUUUUCGUCCUCACAGCCCAAUCUCUGCUGCUCUACCCCGGCGCCUUUCCUGGCUGACCAGUCCCUCGGCGGUACAGCGCCUGGGAGCAGCAGCACCGGGCAACCUCUGCAUCAGCUACUGGGGGCCGAUAGAGCGUCCACGAGCAAGCCAGAGCUAACGGGACAUGACAGCCCGAAACUCAUUGUCUCCCAUUUAAUCCUGUCCCAUCAGAAGAGCUCCUCUCUCGGCUCUACAUGCUUCGAGAAGCUGGUAGUAGAAUCUUCAGUCGUUGGAGAGGAGGAACAGUUGCGCAAAAACGCCAGUGAUUCCGGCAUCAACAUCGCGGGGUCAAGUAAUGCUGAGACUGCUCCUCCUGCCAACCCAGGGAUGUACCAACUGGACAUCACUCUAAAGAGGGGACACAACCUCGCCAUCAGGGACAGAGGAGGGACAAGUGAUCCGUAUGUGAAGUUUAAGAUUGCGGGGAAGGAGGUGUUCAGGAGCAGGACCAUCAAUAAGAACCUGAACCCGGUGUGGGACGAGAGGGUCAGCCUACUUGUGGACAGCCUCCGAGAACCUCUUUAUGUCAAGGUGUUUGACUAUGACUUCGGCCUUCAGGAUGACUUCAUGGGUUCUGCCUACCUCUACCUGGAGUCUCUGGAAAACCAGAGGACCCUGGACGUGACCCUUGACCUCGAGGAUCCCCAGUACCCCGAACAUAACCUGGGAACUCUAGAGCUGGCAGUCACACUGUCACCCAAAGAGGGAGACUUCAGGGAAGCACAGCAGCAUUCGAGUAUGCGGUUGUCAGAUGUCCACAGGAAAGCUCAGCUGUGGAGAGGUAUAGUGAGCAUCAGUCUGAUCGAGGCUCAUGACCUCCAGCCUAUGGACGCCAACGGCUUCAGUGACCCCUACGUCAAGUUCAGACUGGGCCAUCAGAAAUACAAGAGCAAGACGAUACCCAAGACUCUGAACCCCCAGUGGAGAGAGCAGUUUGACUUCCAUCUUUAUGAGGAGCAGGGGGGCUUCAUCGACAUCACCGUCUGGGACAAAGACGCAGGCAAGAAGGACGACUUCAUGGGCAGGUGUUCGAUAGACCUGUCACCGCUCAGUAAAGAGCACACUCAUAAGUUUGACCUGCCGCUGGAGGAGGGCGAGGGCAUGCUGGUGCUGCUGGUCACCCUCACGGGGGCAGCUGCAGUGUCCAUCUCGGACCUGUCUGUCAACAUCCUGGACGACACACACGAGAGACACCAGAUACGACAGAGAUAUAGUGUGCUGAGGUCGUUCCACAACCUGAAGGAUGUGGGAGUGGUCCAGGUUAAGGUCAUCAGAUCAGAGGGGCUGAUGGCAGCAGACGUCACAGGGAAGAGUGACCCCUUCUGUGUGGUGGAACUGAGUAACGAUCGGCUACAGACACACACGGUCUACAAGAACCUCAACCCCGAGUGGAACAAGGUCUUCACCUUUAAUGUGAAGGACAUCCACUCGGUGUUGGAGGUGACAGUGUACGACGAAGACCGAGACAGAAGCGCAGACUUCCUGGGUAAAGUGGCCAUCCCUUUACUAAACAUUCAAAAUGGUGAACGGAAAGCCUACGCUUUGAAAAGCAAGGAGCUGACAGGGCCAACAAAAGGGGUCAUCUUUCUGGAAAUAGACGUGAUUUUUAACGCUGUAAAGGCAGGUCUCAUGACGUUGAUACCCAAAGAGCAGAAAUACAUAGAGGAUGAGCCCAGAGUGUCCAAACAGUUGCUUCUGCAAAACUUCAACAGAGUGAGACGAUGCAUCCUGUUCCUCAUCAACGCCGGCUGCUACAUCAACAGCUGCUUCGAAUGGGACUCAACUCAGAGGAGCAUCUGUUCCUUCCUGGUCUUUGUUCUGGUGGUGUGGAACUUUGAACUCUACAUGAUUCCUCUGGUUCUGUUGCUGCCGCUGGCCUGGAACUAUAUCCUCAUCUCUUCGGGGAAGGACACCAGGCAAGAUGUGCAAGCGAUGGAGGACUUGCUGGAGAAUGAGGAUGAGGACUAUGACAAAGAUGACAAGGUGCCUAGACCCGGCCCUUCGGAGGACGGGCGACUGCCUGAAAGCCAUAUCCUCGAGGAUAUGUUGGCUUCCUGGCACUUUGAGUGGAUACGGGUGAUGUUGGACCCGGAGAGAAAGGGCUUCAUCAACAAGCUGUAUGCCAUCCAGGAUGUGUGCAUCAGUGUGCAAAAUGCCCUGGAUGAAGUGGCAUCCUAUGGCGAAAGGAUAAAGAACACCUUUAACUGGACAGUGCCUUUCCUUAGCUGGCUGGCCAUCGUGGCUCUAUGUGUGGCCACUGUUCUCAUCUACUAUAUCCCCCUACGCUACAUCGUCCUGGCCUGGGGGGUGAAUAAAUUCAGCAAGAAGCUCCGUGACCCGUAUACCAUUGACAACAACGAGCUCUUGGACUUCCUGUCCAGAGUCCCCUCAGAUGUUCAAGUGGUGCAGUACCGAGAGCUGAAAGUGGAUCCCAGUCAUAGUCCAAAUAAAAGAAGGAAAAACAACCCGGGAUAACUGGCUUUGCCCGCCCACUGAAUCUUCCCUCCCUCACCCGUCCAACGCCAAGAAGCAGAGAAACACUGGUUUGAACCAGCUCAACACUCUCCCUCUCUCUCUCUCCGUCUCUCUCUUUCUCUCUGUCUCUCUCUCUUCUACUGACUUAAAAAAUAUAUAUAUAUACAUGUACAGGCCCUCGAAGUGUAAUUAUUACAAAGAGACAACAAAGAGAUGAGUUUGGAUGAAAUAGCAGACUAUUUCAGACCCAGGUGUUUACUGAACCCGUCUGACAGAUGUCCAUGUCAUGCCGUCCUCGUAAUGUUCAACUAUGAGUAUCACAGUUAUGAGUUCAUUCAGAGAUUUCUCCAUAAUAACCCCAUUAGGAACAUAUAAUUGAACCAUCCCAAAGCUACUUACUAUGGCUGGGAAUUGCCAGGGACCUCACAAUACGAUAUUAUCCGUAUCACAAUGCGAUAUUAUCACAAUACGAUAUUCACAAUACGAUAUUAUCACAAUUACGAUAUUAUCACAAUACGAUAUUAUCACAAUACGAUAAUAUCACAAUACGAUAUUAUCACAAUACGAUAUUAUCACAAUACGAUAAUAUCACAAUACGAUAUUAUCACAAUACUCAGUGCCUUCAGAAAGUAUUCACUCUCUUUGACUUUUUACACAUUUAGUUUUUUUAGAACCUUCAUUUAAAAUUGAAUCAAUUGAGAUGUUGUAUCACUGAUCUACACACAAUAAGUAAUGUCAAAGUGGAAUUUAGUUUUUAGCAUUUUUUACAAAUUCAUUCAAAAUGAAAAGCUGAAAUGCCAAUAAGUAUUCAAGCCCUUUGUUAUGGCAAGUCUAAAUAAGUUCAGGAGUAAAAA